AUGCCUGAGCAUGGCAAUGACCAGCGGCAGAGCAGCAAUGCCGGUGCAAACCCAGAGCAUGCUCAUCAACGAGCACUUGAGUCCAGUGGCAGCCCCCAACGGCCUUCUUACUCGCCGGUAACCCCCACGCUAUCUCACACAAGCCUUCAGCAUGACGAUGAUCAAGUUAAACUGCCACCGCCGGAGUUCAUGGAAGAGCCAGAUCCCUUGCCAGUUGAUCUUGAUGAUAAUCCGGACGCCAUGGCUCUGAGAGCAACGUUGUCCGUCUUGCAACUCCAGCGCCAACAAGCCUUGCGUGAUAUGCGAGAACUCGACCGAAUGAAGCGAGCGGCGAUGGAAGAUCCUGAGCACUUUGUGAGAGAUCUCCGAGAGGGCAAAUUGUCCGCUUCUGCCCGGCAGGGUGUUGAGGUCGACGAUAUGGAGGGGCCGACGGACGGCUCAGCGGCUGCCGCUGGCUCCAACUUUGGCAGAUUCCCAAGCCCACAGAACGUGAUGCGCUGUCCGCCCGUCGAGUGGGCGAAGUAUCACAUCGUUGGCGAGGCGUUGGAUCGGGUGCAUGAAGUGCAACAACAUUACCCAGGGUACAGCGAAGAUAUGGGAGCACGUAACGAGCGGCUGCAGCCACAUACAUCCGCUGCUCCGUACCGCCCGUUUUUGGAUCGCCUGGAUAGCGCCAAGGGAGAUUCGAAACCACGAACUACUGGAUCAUAA